UGCCUCGCUGCUUGUGUGUCUCGGUGCGCGUGUGUGUGUAUGAGAGUGCGCUAAAAAAACCCAGGCAGCCAGUGGGAGAGCUAGAGAGUCGGGGAGAGAGACACGGGGAAAAGGCAAAAAAAAGCAUCUGAGAAGGGAGAAGGAACGGGAGUGUGAGACAGCUAUGAAAUUCAUCCAAGCUAUUGGCUUACUGCUUCUCUGUCCAGCUUUGAGCCUCAACACCAGACAAAGCUAUGAUGGGCUGGAAAAGAAGCUAAAGGAAGUCUUCAGUGAACGGAGCAGCAUCCUGCACCAACUCUCCAAGACAUCAAAGGAGCUGGACAGCAUAAAAGGAAACCUUCAGUCGCUGAAAAAGGAUGACUCCGUGGCCAAGAAGGAUGUGCAGAGGAUUCUGGAGCUCAGCCACAAACAGAGAGAGGAGAUGAAGUCCCUCCAGGCAGCCUUGCAGAAGCAGCUGGAUGAGGCAAACGAAAAAGCAGAGAAGCAGCAGGCCACGAUCAAACUUCUUAAAGUGGAGAUGGAGAAAAAAACCAAAAUCAUCAAGGAUUUACAGCAAGAGAACAAGAGCUUGAAAACUAAACUACUCUCGGGACACAAACUUUGUGACGCCUAUGCUGAAGAGUCCAAAAAAAUCCAGGCUCAACUGAAAGAACUUCGGUACGGGAAAAAGGAUUUAAUUUUUAAGGGCCAGCAGCUAAUGGACCUGGAGCACAAGUUAACUAUAGCCAAGGAAGAACUGGAGAAGACUGCACUGGAUAAGGAGUCUCAACUGAAGGCGCUGAAGGACACAGUUCACAUCUGCUUCUCAGCUGUCCUGCACAACCAGCCCGGCAGCAGUCACAGAUUCCCCACCUCCCACUUGUUCAGAUACUCAUCACUCAUCAACAGCUCCAGAGUCACCUAUCAGCAGCCACAUGCCAAGGAUAUCUCUAAAGUUCAGAGAAUUGUCACAGCCAGGAAAUCACCCAUGAACAUCGAAGUAAUGAGGAGAGAGAGUGGCGGAGUUAAAGACUGCCAGAUGGAAAAGACCGGGGGCGACUGCUUCAAGAAUCAGACGGAGGAAUCGGCUCCAGAAAGUAAAAAGCUACCAGAGACACAGCAGCAAAGGAGCCAAGUGCAGACUGAAUCCACUACAAAGCUCUCAGACGACAGCGAGGAUGCAGAGGGAGGCAGCAGCAAAAAGACAAAGCCACACGAAAUCAACUGAGCGGACGGCAUAUCAUCCGAAAUGCAGAGCUCCUGCAUUGCCUGAAGGAUCUUUCUAAGAGCACAUCAGCAUUGUUUGCAAACGCUAAGACACUGGAAUUCAAACUGUCAUCUGCAAAACCUCCAUAGUAAAAUGGCAUGCAUUCUAGAAAAUCUUUUUUUUAAAAGGUAGCAAUGGCACUGGUAACUUGUUUCAUGAUUGUUCUUUUGUUGUUUACUUUUCUGAGUUUUAUUCUGAGUGAGGACACUGCUUUCUAAAUGUGUGAUCUUUCUAGAAAAAUCCCUUUGCACUGGUGGGUUCUGACACUGUAUCCUGUGAUAAGUAUAUCAAUUGACAAAUAAAAAAUAAUACUACUAUUAUUACUACUACUACUACUACUACCCAAUUUAGAAUAUUGUUUGUCACUCAUUGUAGCAAGGUUAAUUUUCUCCUCCACAUUUUGAAAUACAGAGGCUCCAGUUGGCUGGCCAACUGCUCAACAUUUAAUAUUUCAGCACUCUUUCUGCCUUUAACACUCCAGAGGCGAAGAGCCAAAGACUCACAAUGGGUCGUCUCCCUGAGAAUGUGCCAUGCACUGAGUAGUAACUCCUAGCUACAUGUAUCUGUGUUAUCUGACCUUUCUGUGUCCUUUCAAUAAACUGUAAUUUUCAGUAAA